CAGACAGACACUGACCAUCACAGCAGAGCAGGAGACCAGUGGACAUAACUCUACCUCCAAUUACACACAGGGCUAUUCAGCUACUUCACAUUAAGGAGAAGAAUGGGACUGCACAGUGUCGAGGAACUGGUGACCAGUAAGAGGUCAGAGGGCAAAGAGGGAGACAACUUCCAAGGGGGCGUGUACGAGGCAGCUGUCAAUCAGGAGAAACAGGAUGACCGCCGGUCCCACAGUGAGCUGGGAGAGGGCGGAGGUCUGUCAGAGAAGAGUGACAGUGGCAGCGAACAGGAGGAAGUCAGCGUGGCAGCUCUCAAUACGGAUAAAAGCGGUAGGCUGAAGUUGGAGACGGUGGACGACCUGUUCAACAUCCUGCAGCUGAGGAAGAGGAGGAGAGACAGGAAGACUCACGUCCACAAGAAACAACAGCCAGAGCCUGAGACUGUGCCAGAGACUGUGGAUGAGCAGCUGUUUCUGACAGCAGCCAUGGAGAACAAGCUGCCUGUGGUGGAGAAGUAUCUGACUGAUGGAGGGAACCCUAAUGUAGCCGACCAUUUCCAGAGAACAGCUCUGCACAAAGCCUCAUUCAGAGGACACACAGAGGUCAUGAAAAGACUCCUGGAGGCCGGAGCUGCCAUCGAGAAAAAGGACAAGCUGGAGGCCACAGCGGUCCACUGGGCCUGCAGAGGAGGCAGCCUGCCAGCCCUGCAGCUCCUCCUCAACCAGGGGGCCAAAUUCACCUCCAGAGACAAGCUGCACAGCACUCCUCUCCAUGUGGCUGUGAGGACAGGACACAAUGACUGUGCUGAGCAUCUCAUUCACUGUGGAGCUGACGUCAAUGCCAAAGACAGAGACGGAGACACACCCAUGCACGAUGCCGUGAGAAUAAACAGAUUCAAGAUGAUCAAACUGUUGAUGAUGUACGGGGCCAGUCUCAACACCAAGAACUGUGAUGGAAAAACUCCAAUGGAGACACUGUAUUCGUGGCAGAAUGGAGCAAAGAGCCUCCUGUGCAAUUUCAAUGAGGAGAAGACCAACCAGUAGAACCAGUAAAAGCAGAAACUGAGAUCUGGGCACAAGAUCUGCAGGUUUAUCAGGACACAAAAAAAGUGGUAGAAAAAGGAAAAUGCUGUAUUUUUCUGGUCCAUUCUGUCUUUUCCAUACUGAGCUUUGUGAAGGACACAGGUCUCCUCUUAAUGUCUCUUUAUCCAGGGAGGCUUUGUAGAGUGUCCCUGCAAAUUCAAACUUUCUCAGAUGUUGACUGACAGAUAUUAACCCCCUCAGGAAAUAACUGUGUUUAACACUAGAUGCUGCAGGAUAUCUUAACUACGAGAGCAUGUGUCAUUAACAUACCUCCUCCUGGUUGAAGGAUCUGAACCAGCAACCUUCUGGGCUGGUUCUUUUACCUGCAGGUUGUUGGCAGACUUACAUUUCCUCACGUUAUUUGUUGAUUAUACGCACAUCUUGUGUACUGUCCUGUGAGAGAAGAACUUUCCAAAAAGCAGUAGGGAUUUGAAGGAACCCUCGAUCAACAAUGUGAAUUCUAAUCAGGGUGUAGUUAAUAAUGUGAUUAUUAACACUGAUAGAUUCAUUGAUCACCAAAUAUUGCUGGACAAUGUCUCGGCUGACAACAUUAAGAUGUUUUUUUUUCUUAAUAUUUUCUUUAAGCUGAGUUGAAGUCAGCGAUGCUGCAUCGAGAAGAUGACUUAUUUAUUGAUUAAUGGCAACUGUGGCCAUUGAUUUAUUGGGUUUGAUUGAUUUAUUUCAAUACCAUAUAUUUAAUAACUGAGUGACUAAUUGUCUAGAGUUAUACUUUAGUUAAUUAUAAGUUAAUGAUUUGUAUAAAACUCCAGCUAGGUGUGAAAAGUUAUAAACUGGAGGAACUGAGCCUCCUCUUGCUGGUAGAUGAUGUGUGUUGUGCUUAAACAUUCAGAUGAGUUUAACCAAUUUCUUUGGUCUUGUGAAUUUCAAGACUGAGAGAUAAGACAGGAUGAAGUAAGUUUCUGGAUCAGGUUGAAAAGAAUCUCUCUGCUAACAGAUUUGCACUCAUUUCACUACUUGUUUGCUUUUUGUUUUCUCUUGACUGGAGCAAAUCCCUAUAGACAGUAAAAUGGACAGCUACUGUUGAUCUCGUCUCCUGCAGUGACGUGCAUCAAGCCACAUAAUCCUGAAUUAGAUGUCCUUUGGAAUGUGUACUGCUUUAAUUCAUAAAGGGAAACUCACAGCUGAGAGAGUGUGUUUGAUAUUCACACUUUUUCAGGUGAAAUCCAGCCUCGGUUAGUUUGACUUGUCUGGGGCUUCAACUGGCCCCAGGUCUGCCACAGCGAGACCCUGACAGCCCAGCUGCUAGCCCUUUGGUUCUGUUGCAAUGAAGAUAUUUUGAGAAUGUGGCUCCUCUUCUCUCCAGAGUUCUAGUUGAAAACACACACACAUACAAGAGUCUGAGAGGGAGGGAACUGAAAAGUCACUGUUGGUUCAGAGGAUGUGUGAAAAGUGGACUGAACAAGUCUUGAUAUAUGAAUGACAAUCAGAUGUAUUUUCUAUUGUUGAAGAUGUCUGUAAAUUUUGGAUUGACUGAAUAAAACAGACUUUGA